GGACAUUCGAAGGACGAAGUUAAUUAUUAUAUAAAUCGCAAUGUACCAACCAAUAAGAAAGAAGUGACGCACACUAAAUGACAAGAAUGCUCAAGAAUAUAAACCCUCACCUUCUCGGCUUUCUAAAAUUUCAUAAAUCUUUAGAAUAUCAAACACCAAGCCAAGAAAACAAAAAACAGUUUCUAUUCCAUUAGAUUCUUCUAAUUUCUCUUAACCAUGGAAAUAAAUUCCAAUUCUACUCUCCCUCCAGGAUUCAGAUUUCACCCUACCGACGAAGAACUCAUCGUUUACUAUCUCCGAAACCAGACCAUGUCCAAGCCAUGCCCUGUCUCCAUCAUACCAGAAGUCGACAUCUACAAAUUCGACCCCUGGCAAUUACCCGAGAAAACAGAGUUUGGGGAAAAUGAGUGGUAUUUCUUCAGCCCGAGAGACCGGAAGUAUCCAAACGGAGUCAGGCCAAACCGGGCUGCUGUUUCCGGUUAUUGGAAAGCGACCGGUACAGACAAAGCCAUUCACAGUGGUUCGAGUAACGUGGGUGUGAAGAAAGCUCUCGUCUUCUACAAAGGUCGACCUCCCAAGGGAAUCAAAACUGACUGGAUCAUGCACGAGUAUCGUCUCCUUGAUUCACGCAAAGCAUCGACAAAACGUAACGGUUCGAUGAGGUUAGAUGAAUGGGUACUCUGUAGGAUAUACAAGAAGAGAGGAGCAGGGAGGGUUCUGGAUGAGAAAGAGGGUUUCGUGGACGAACCACAUAUCGAGGAGACAUUAGCAGUUGUAACGAACGAAACAGAAAGAAGAAACGAGGAAGAGAUAAUGAUGAUGACGUCGACGAAACUCCCGAGAACGUGUUCACUUGCUCAUUUGUUGGAAAUGGAUUACAUGGGACCCAUCUCUCACAUUUUAACACCAUUCGAUCUUCAUCAUCCUAAUCCGGACAACAUGAACGAGUCUGGUUGGUUCGGAGAUCUACAGAUUAACCAAGACGACGUCUUAAACCAUCAUCGUCAAGCUAUGUUUCAGUUUUAGUGAUUGGUAAGAAAAAUAUGAAAACCAAGAAAAAAAAGCUGCUUGGAAAGUUACUGUAGUGCAUAUUUUUCGUUAGUUUGGGUAUAGGAAAAUUGUAAAAUGUUACCUUAAGACCCAUAAGGGAUUUUAUAUUUUCUCCCAUACGAAUGUGAAACGAAAAAACAUGUUUAAUUAAUAUUAAACUGCUUCAGCAUGUUGGACGGAGUCUUGGAGUUUAUUUACAUUAUACUAACUAAUAAACAAAAGACUUAUGUAAAUAUUAUAUACGAUGUUUUUAAUAGAAAUUAGAAAAAUAUUAAAAGAGAGAUUGAGA